GAUAACCCUAAGAGCCAACUGACCACUCCACAGACCGGAGCAGGACACCAGAGAGAGAGCAUACACACUCCUUCACUCAUCUCUGCACCCAGGCAGGUAAACUAUCCACAGACAACAUGGCCGAGGACAUGGACGAGGUGACCCAAACAGGCCCCAAGGGUGUGAUUAAUGACUGGAGGCGGUUCAAGCUGGAGAGCAUGGACCAAGAGGCCCUGCCCCCCCAGAAGAGGGAGCUACUGAGGCAGAUGAGCUCACCACACAAACCCAAAGAUGAGGCACGAGGAGGCCUCAACCGCAAGAUGAGCAUGCAGGAGUACGAGCUGAUUAAAGAGGACAUGGCGGACGACCAGUGCCUGAAGCGCUACCGCAAGCACUGCAUGCAGGAGAUGCACGAGCGGCUGAGCUUCGGGCCGCGCUUCGAGGGUGUGCACGACCUUGCCGAUGGCGAGGCCUUCCUGGAGGUGAUUGAGAAGGAGCACCACAACACGGUGGUGGUGGUGCACAUCUUUAAGGACGGCGUGAAGGGCUGCGAGGCACUCAACGGCUGCCUGGAGUGCCUAGCCGGCGAGUACCCCACGGUAAAGUUCUGCCGCAUCAGCGUGGAGGCGUCCGGCGCCGGCGAGCGCUUCUCUGACGAGGUGCUGCCCGCGCUGCUGGUCUACAAGGCGGGCGAGCUGCUGGGCAACUUCCUGGCCAUCACGCAGAACUUCAACGAGGAGUUCUUCGCCACCGACGUGGAGUCCUUCCUUAACGAGUACGGAUUGCUGCCCGAGAAGGAGCUGGCAGCCGCUGACGGCGAGGAAGCUGAGGCUGAUGUGGAGUGAAGAGGUGGACAGAGAGGCGGAGAGAGAGGUGGAGAGAGAGGUGGAGAGAGGGAGGGAGAGGAAGAGAGAGGGGGAAGGUGGUGACAACAACAGUAAGAAGAUGAACUGACUGUGGACGAGGGCGAAUGUGUCAUCGAUUACUUUUGGUAAAAUCAUAUUAUCCCCACUAAUAGCCCUUACUUUUGCACUAUCAUCAACCAGUCCUAGCCCUAUGUGGAUAAGGUGAUCGGUAAAGGUGACAGAAAAUAAUUGUAUUGUUCUUAUUUCACUGCUUGGUUGAAUUUCCCAUUGUCCAACGUAAUUUAAAACGACCAUUAACUGUAUGUUAUUUGCACACCUAUGAAGAAGAUCCAUUUUGUGGGCCGUAUCACACUUGUAUAUUAAUUCGCCGAACU